ACGGUACAAAUUAUAUUUUUCUUUUAGAGUUAUAAAAUAAUAUCCAUUGUAAUAAUGACGAAAUUGGAAAUUUUUGUCAUAUAUUUUCCAAUACAGCGCCAUUGUCUUGGUGACAGACUGAUUAGGUUUCAAAACGGUGCUGUGUACUUAUUUCGUAACAAAACCUACCAAAUGUCCAGUAUAUUAUUAACUUCAAUGUCACGGUAUUAAACCUUAUAAUAUUGUCAAUAGAAUUCAAGUAAAAAUACUAAAUAGCGUACGUUUGAAUUGAAACUCUUCGAAAGUGUUUGCGUCAUUUUUGUUGUAACGAAAAUGCAGUUUCAGAACGUAGACUGGUAUUGCAAGCGUCCAAAAACUAAAAAAAACACUUUUAGUUCAACUUUAAAGUGAUAAUAUGCGUAUUAUUACUAAUAAUGUCUUUAAACAACUUUUCCUUAUUGAAAAUAAAUAGUAUAAUUAGUUAUCGCUAUAGUAAUCGCUGUUAAAAUUAAGAUAAUAAAGUUUAGAUAAAAUCUUAAUUUGCCCUGGCAGCCCUAAUUUCCGCCCGUUAUUUUUCGAACCACAAACGAGGAUUCCAGCUGUCGAGCCUGUCGAUUUGUGUCCGAGAAUUUGCGAUAUCUUUACUUAUUUUAGUUUUUGGUCCUUUUAUUAAUAUAAUCACUCAAUAAUGUCUGAAAAGAAUCAUAAUUCGCGGUUGUCAGCUUACAAAAACGCCGGUAUCGGAACUACUGAUCUCCGUCGCAAACGCGCCGAGCUAAGCGUAGCGCUCCGCAAGCAGGCUAGAGAUGAGCAGCUCCUCAAACGCAGAGCCCUGUCUCCAGAGGCUAAGGAGGAAGAUCUUCAGCCUGUUGAGAAACUUCCCAGCCCUGCUGAAAUUGUCAAAGGCCUCAAGUCUUCAGAUCUACCCCUGCAGACGUCAUCAGCUCGGGCAGCUCGUCGCAUCCUCUCCCGAGAACAGAACCCGCCCAUCACUUCCAUGGUCUCAGCCGGCGUCAUACCGCCACUGGUCGCCGCGCUAGAAAGAGACGACUGUGUGGAUCUGCAAUUUGAAGCAGCUUGGGCCCUCACCAAUAUUGCAUCUGGAACACAUGACCAUACUAUGGCAGUUAUUGAAGGCGGCGCCAUCCCCAAGCUGGUGGCGCUGCUGGCGCGCGGCGGCGCCGUGGGCGAGCAGAGCGCGUGGGCGCUCGGCAACGUGGCGGGCGACGGGCCCGCGCCGCGCGACGCCGUGCUGCGCGCCGGCGCGCUGCCCGCGCUGCUGCCCAGCAUGGCGCCCGGGGCCGCGCCCAGCACGCUCCGGACCGCGGUCUGGACCUACAGCAACUUCUGCAGGAACAAGAACCCACUGGUGGCAUUCGAGCUAGUUGCUCCGGCCUUACCCUUCGUCUCGGACCUGUUGGAAGUACAAGAUACUGAUGUUUUAGCGGACGCUUGCUGGGCCAUCUCCUACCUCACGGACGGGCCCAACGAGCGCAUCGAGGAGGUCCAGCUGACCCCCAACUUGCUGCAGCGCGUGGUCCGGCUGCUGGACCACAAGUCCGCCGCCGUCAAGACCCCCGCGCUGAGGGCUGCCGGGAACAUGCUUACGGGCUCUGAUGAACAGACCGACCGCUGCCUGGAUGCCGGGUGUAUCGGCUAUCUGUUGAAUCUGCUGAGCUGCGGCAAGUCCUCUCUUGUCAAGGAGGCAGCGUGGGCCGCUAGCAACAUCCUAGCCGGCACGCAGAUUCAAAUACAACGAGCGAUCGACCAAGGCAUGCUGUCGAAACUCAUUAAUGUGCUAGCACACGAAGACGCCAAAUGUCAAAAAGAAGCAGCUUGGGCAGUCACCAACCUGUGCCUGGGCGGCAGCGCGGCGCAGCUGGACGCGCUGCUGGCGGCGGGCUUCCUGCCGCCCUACUGCGGCCUGCUGCAGGCCGCCGACCACCGCGCCGUCACCGUCGUGCUGGACGGCCUCACCAACCUCCUGCAGGCGGCCGAAAAGUACGGGCAGGUGGAGCCGCUCUGCCUCAAGCUGGAGGAGAUCGGCGCGCUCGACAAGAUCGAGGCGCUGCAGACGCACGAGAACGAGCAGGUGUACAAGAAAACGCUGCACAUACUGGACUCGUACUUCGCCGACAACGAGGACCCGAGCGCGGCGCCGCGGCCGGCCGGCGCGGAGUACCAGUUCGGCGCGCGCGCGCACGACCACAUCCACUUCUAAACCAGAAGGUUUCUAGUGCCGAAGGGGCCUUGGAGCCUUGCUCUUCUGUACGUGGCUAGCCGGGAGCCCUUGGUCUUCAGUCAUGCCGGCCAGUGUAUGUAACAAGUUGCACGUUCUGUUCUACGCGGUGCCCGCGAGGAAACGGUAAUAUUUUAACAGUUUCCGGACCGUAUUUAAAGACAAAAAUUUCAUAUAUUUUUUUUUUAAUUCGCCUAGUUUUGCGUUAAUACC